AUGGCUAAGUUUGCUGUUUCUUCUCUAGCACUCUCCUUCUUCUACAUUUUUCAACUAUCAAAUGCAGCUUCUACAACCUAUAAUGUGAUCCAGUUUGGUGCAAAACCAGAUGGCAAAACUGAGGCAACGCAACCUUUUCUUAAGGCAUGGUCAGCUGCAUGUAGCUCAGCCACUCCAUCCAUAAUUUCUGUGCCUAAAGGAAGGUACUUGCUAAAGGCAGUAGAGUUUAGAGGUCCAUGCAAGAACAAAAUUACGGUUCAGAUAGAUGGAACCCUUGUAGCUCCUACAGAUUACCGUGCCCUAGGCAACUCAGGCUACUGGAUUUUGUUCAUUAGGGUUAAUCGAGUUUCUGUCUUUGGUGGCAACCUUGAUGCUAAAGGUGCUGGCUUUUGGGCUUGCAGGAAAUCUGGACAGAAUUGUCCUGUUGGAGCUAGGUCGAUAACAUUCAACUGGGCAAAUGACAUCGUCAUCAGUGGCUUGACAUCCAUAAACAGUCAAUUAACUCACCUUGUUAUCAACAGCUGCAACAAUGUUUUGGUCCGAAAUGUAAGGACAAUUGCUCCCGACCAAAGCCCUAACACUGACGGUAUUCAUGUCCAAUCAUCUGCCGGAGUUACAAUCACCGGCAGCACUCUUCAGACCGGAGAUGACUGCAUAUCAAUUGGUCCAGGCACUAGGAACAUGCUAAUGAGCAGCAUUAAGUGUGGCCCUGGACAUGGUGUCAGCAUUGGAAGUCUAGGCAAGGAAUUCAACGAAGAUGGUGUAGAAAAUAUAACUUUGACAGAUUCAGUCUUCAGUGGAUCAGACAAUGGCGUGAGGAUAAAAUCAUGGGCCAGGCCCAGCAAAGGAUUUGUGAGGAAUAUUUUCUACCAAAACCUCAUGAUGAAAAACGUUGAGAACCCAAUCAUCAUUGACCAGAAUUACUGCCCUAAUAACGAAGGUUGUCCUCGACAGAGUUCUGGGGUGAAGAUCAGUGAAGUUACAUACAAAAACAUACAAGGAACAUCAGCAACAGCAGAGGCAAUAACAUUUGAUUGCAGCCCUAGUAAUCCAUGCAGAGGAAUCAAAUUACAGGACAUAAAGCUUAGUUACAUGAACAAAGCAGCAACAUCGUCAUGUAAGAACAUAGGUGGAACCAGCAGUGGAGUGCUUAUGCCUGAGAGUGUGGAGGCUUGUCCAAGUGGAUGCUUGCCGGUUUGGACUUGUCCUGUUACUAAAGGACAAACAGUCGUGGACUUGCCUGCAGCAAAUGUUCUCUCUCGAUUAUAUUACAUAGAGUCUGCUGAUCGUUUGAGACAAAAAGACUUUCCGCAAACAACAAGUGAGCCAAAACGGUCGGUGGAGGGGAUGAGAUUGGACAAGAACAGAAUCACACACAUAAUCAAGGUUUCAGUUAGAAGCAAGGGAUUGAAAUUUUUGAGAUUGGUUGAGAAGUCUGUGAGGUACUGUGUGUGA